AAAUCUGCCCAGCCCGGAGACUUGAGGGUUCCGGGUUCACCCACGGCCGGGUCGGGGUUACCCCUCGUUCACAGCCCAUGUGUGCUCGGGGUCCCCAGCGGGCGCUGUGGGCAGCCGGACCAGUCGCCUUUGGUUCUCUCUUCUCCCUCCAUAUCCUUAAAAUAAGUGUAUUCGUGUUGCGGGGGUGAAGGUUAAUUAAUUGACCUUGACAGUGAAGCUGCUCGAAGCGCUAAAUGUUCCCUUGCUUCGGCUUGGUCACCCGUGGCUUCCUAAUUUCCUGUGGACCUCCUUGCGUUCAAAGGAUAAGGACACAAAUGCAUUGGGAGCAGCGUUAACCCAGCCAGCGUGUAAAAAUAGCAGGGUCCCUGCGAGGUCUGCAGUGCGAUUUUGGCUUGAGGAGUCUUUGAUGUGUACAGCUCGCUUGGAAGCACCGGGAGCAAGGGAUAAAAUCUGCCUUCUUGUGCUUCCUGCCCUUCCCUAUGUGUCUGCAUUUAAAGGCAGACUCAAUGCCCAUAACCAAAGAGUUUGUUUUCCUGAGACUUUGCCCCAUUUGCCUCAAGUCCCUUGGCUCUAAACCUGACUUUCAGCUCACUGCCCUUCCCCCUCUUCCAAAGCUGCACAACUCAGGCCACAUCUGGUGGUUGGGUUUGUUACCCAUUGUCUUGGUGGUUGGGUUUGUCACCUGUUUUCCUGGACUCAGCUGCAGAUUUUUAAGAUGUUUCUGUUCCAGGUGACCAAGCUGCUCUUUUGUAGGAAGUCACCCUGGCAGAGCAAGCAGGAUUAAAGAGCGUGGCUUUGGCUGGGCAGCCAGGCUGGGGAGGUGGGCCUGAGGCUGGACUAAGGGUCUGGGCUGCUGGCUGUGAUGUCUGGCAUUCCUGCACUGGACAGUGCAAAAGCAGUGAGCACUCAAAAAAAAAAAUGGGGUGUUUCAGGCACAGAUCAGCUCCAGGUUUUCAGUUUUCCCUGAGAUACACAUGCACAAUACUCAAGAGGGAUUUUGUCAGUCCUUCUCUAAAAAUGCCCGGCUGGUGAGCACAUGCCGCUCUUUGUCAUGCUGUUUUUGGUGCAGGACUUGUGUUUUGCAGGCAAUGAGUGGCAGUGAGCAGGACUGGCUGGCUCUCAGACCCCGGGAACCUUCUCCAUCCCAGUGCUGCGGCGGCGGCUGCAAACCCUGCAUCUAUGACGUGUACGAGAAGGAGCUUGCACAAUGGGAGAGGGCCAAGGCAAAGCAAGACAAAAGCCUUCUCACAGAAAAGAGGGAGCAGGUCGGUUUACCUCCAUCACAUCCUGGAGCCUGUGCUUUGAUGAGCAGUAAUUCAGUGCUGAAUCCAGAUACAUUCACUGCAUUCAGCGUGAGCUCGGUGGAGCAGCUGACAGAGGACACCUACCAGUACAAAUUUGAAUUACCGGGAAACAGCAGCUUGCAAUUGAGUUUAGGACAACAUAUCGUGUUAAGGGGAGUGGUGAAUGGUUUGGAGGUCCAGCGAGCCUAUACUCCGAUCAGCCCUGGGAAUGCAGAAGGUUAUUUUGAAGUUCUAAUUAAAUGCUAUGAAGCUGGGCUGAUGUCACAAUACAUAAAAACGUGGAAAAAAGGAGACAUGGUCUUUUGGCGUGGGCCGUUUGGAGGGUUCCCAUAUCAACCUAAUAAGGGACUUCCUGGGUUACUGUACGGUGCUACAGCAUUAGCAGUCAGUUGGAGCUUGUACACCUUAUUGAACUGCAGAAUAUUUAAGGAGGAAGAGGAGAGGGAGUAUGGAGAACUCCUCAUGCUGGCUUCUGGCACCGGCCUUGCACCAAUGCUUCCCAUCCUCCAGUCCAUAACAGAUAACGAAGAGGAUGAAACCUUUGUAACUCUUGUUGGCUGCUUCCCUACUUUUGACAAAAUUUAUUUGAAACCUCUUCUGCAGGAUUUGGCUCGAUACUGGAACAUCAGAAUAUUUUAUAUCCUAAGCCAGGAAACUUCACUGGAAAAACUUCCUUGGAGCUAUCAAGAAAACACAUAUACUGGUCGUCUCAAUGAAGACUUGAUGAAGACAAUAAUAAAUUCCUGUCGAAGAAGGCCAUUUGUAUUAAUCUGUGGCUCUUCUGCAUUCAAUGAAGAUAUGACUAGAUACUUGAAAGCUGCAGGAAUUGAAGAAAAUUCCUGUUUUGUCUUUUAGCUGGAUAUUCCUGACCUGAGGAACCUUAGGCCGAGCCUUGGACGUCCUUGUUUCUCUGCAGACAUUGCACAAAAUGGGUCAGCUCAGUGGACUGAGUUCCUUGGACAUACAUCUUCAUAGGCCUUUUGAUCAACUAUUUGUCUCCAGUAUGAGUCUCACUAUGGAGUGUUUUAAGGACUGCAUGCCAUUCCAGAGUGGCUGCUACAAGGUGUGCCACCCACACCUGAGGGAACAGUGUGGUAAUUUUAAUGGAAAUCUUCAAGCACAGUUUUAAGAGAGAGAUCUCCUAAGGGGGUACUAAAACCAUCUACAUGCAGGUCUGCUCUAAAAUGGGGACCAGGGACUUGCUUUGCAAUCCAUGUUAUUCUGCAGUGGUAUUGUGCCCUCUUAAGUGUCCAGAGGAGAGAUUUAAACCUCAGGGAGAAGACUGCCUGGCCAAGGGAACAGCAGAGCACUGGCCUGGCAGUCUGGAGUCUGUGGGCUUCAUUUUGGUUCUGUCGUGUGCUGGGUGAUGUCAGGCAAGUCACUUCAACCUCUCUGUGCCUCAUACACUAAUACAGAGAAGGUGGCACUGAUUUUCUCUGAAAACAACCUUUCCAACCAUAUAUGGAAAAACUGUCCAUAAGGGUAGAUAGUGAUGCCUAGUGAGGACUUAGCAGGCUGAGCUCCUGCCCUGACACAGCCUGCAUUACCUACCCUGUCCUUAACCCUUGAAAUGCUGCUUGGGAAGACAAAGAGUAUGUCCUAAAACUGAGAGAACAUAUCUGGGUUGUGGCUGCUAUUUGUCAAGGAGGAUGGGUGUUUGCUUUCCAUGUCCCCUAAGUGUUGUAUCAUAGCCCUGGCUCAUUAAAUUGAACCUCUUUUCAAAUAAA